AUGGGCCAUUUUGAUCCAGAACACAAAUUGAAGAAACCCUGGAUUGAAACGCCCCUCAUUGAGUCGGCUACAUUUUCCAAGGCUGCCGGAUGUCGCAUUUUCCUCAAAAUCGAGUCCCUCCAACCUUCCGGCUCGUUCAAAUCACGGGGCAUUGGAAAUUUAAUUCUUACAUCCCUUUCUGAUCCAUCCAACCAUGGCAAAACAGUGCAUUUCUUCAGUUCCUCAGGGGGGAACGCGGGGCUCGCGGCAGUGAUAGCCGCCCGAGAUCUCGGCUGUCCCUGUACUGUCGUUGUGCCCCUCAGCACGUCGCCUAUGAUGAUCAAGAAACUCCGCGCGGCAGGAGCGUCGGAUGUGAUCCGCCAUGGGGCUAGUUGGUUCGAGGCUGAUACAUAUCUGCGUAACCAUUUUAUCGAAAACCAAGAUGGCUCGAAUCUGCUCAAGAACGUCUAUGUUCCGCCGUUCGAUCACCGUGAUAUCUGGCGAGGUGCGGGAACGCUGGUCGAUGAAAUGGUUAAGCAGUUACCACCAAGAAAUGACGAAACUCAUUCGUUCCCAGCAGAUGCGAUUGUUUGCAGCGUGGGUGGAGGCGGCCUCAUGAAUGGUCUGGUUGAUGGUCUCGAGAGACAUUUACCGACUUAUCAACCGAUGCUGGAGAAAAAGGUUCGAGUUGUUGCUGUUGAAACUGCUGGCGCGGAUUCGCUAGCACAUUCACUACGCGAAGGCUCUUUGCAAUCCAUACCCGCGGUUACAUCCCAGGCUGUCACCCUAGGGGCACUCUGCGUGGCAUCGCAGACGCUGAAAAAUGCGCAAUCCCCUCCACCCGGUGUUGAAGUUUCUAGUCUCGUGGGAACCGAUGCUGAUGCUGCGAGGGGUGUUGUGCGUUUAUGUGAUGAGCUGCGGUUGGAGGUCGAAUUGGCUUGUGGAAUCAGCGUUCAGAUUGGCUUAGAUAGACUAGGGGAGGUUAUGGAACUAACACCAGACACUCGGGUUGUCAUCAUUGUUUGCGGAGGAAGCGGUAUCACUUCUGAGAUGAUCACGGAUUAUCGACAGAAGCUUGCGAACGGUUGGAAAUGA